CGUGGGAUCAUUCGAUCAAAACCGUGCAACCGAUCGUCAUAAGUGUUUGAAAAAAAAUAAUAAUACUGGAUUACCAUCAGCAACAGUCGUCUUAAGGACAGCCAUGGUAUCACCGUUGAAAGUCAGUUGAGAGCGAACGAUGAAGUCGAACCUGGGGGACAGAUGUCCCAGCGUGCCGAUUCUCCCGCCGCCGCGUAAGCGCGUGACCCUGGAGCAGAGUUACUCGUCCCCGGGUUACGCCUCCUCAAACCCAGGAGCCCGUAGAUACCGUCCGUACAUGUCGCUAUCCCUGACCCGAUGGCUGGCGUCGAAAAAGUCGUCGAUGAACGCCGACGAGAGCGUGGAGGCAGGUGAAUGCUGCAUGGAUUACGGAAAGCCCCCGCCGGUGGAGGAGCCCCACUGCUACUCCAUGUGCCUGAGCGAGACCUCCACCACCGACGACGAGGGAGUCCUCUCCGUGUCGCGCGACAUAAUUACAGGACUGCUGUCGGAGCACAUGCGAUCGCUCGGGGGAAGGAUGCAGCUGAUCGAGGACCUCGAGACGGGCCAGUUGGACGAGCCCUCGAGCCUGAAGAGUGUCCUGCAGACGUCCAAGAGGCCCGAGAUCAACGUUCUGAUGCUGUACGCCUGUUACCUGGGUCGAGACGACCUCCUGCCGAGCAUUCACUCGGCGGGAGGGGACGUCAAUCACAGCGAGCAAGAGCGCGGACUGACUGGCCUCCACCUGUGCGCCUACUCGGACUGUCUGAACGGUGUGAGAUACCUCAUAAGUCACGGGGCAAUUGUCAACAGCAGCAAAACCCACAGCCCCUUUCACUACGCAGCCUUCGGCAACUCUCUGGCGGUGGCGCGCUACUUCCUCGAGCUCGACAUCCCCCAGGAGUCAGCGCAAGGCGAGGAGAGCGUUCUCCACGCGGCAGCCAGGAGCAAUUCGCAAGAGAUUGUGGCUCUCCUGGCCCCGAAUAAUCCCUCGUUAAAUCGUCUAGACUCAACCGGUCUCGGCCCAAUUCACUAUGCCGCUGAUCGUGGCGAUUCCUCGUGCCUGUCGACCCUCCUCGACGCCGGUUGUGCGGCCGAUUUGCCGACGAGAAAGGGCGAUACAGCGCUCCACCUCGCAGCCGAGGGCGGCUGCACUGAUAACGUUGAAAUACUCAUUAAAAGACACGCCGACGUCAGGGUGAAGAAUCAUCGAGGCCAAACGGCACUUCACCUCGCUGCCAGAUCGCACUCAUUGGAAUGCGUCGAGGCACUCCUGCGCAAUGGCUCGUGCGAUCCUAAUGUCGAUGAUAAUGACGGACGAACUGCCCUGCAUUUCGCCCUUGGCAGGUCACUACUGGCCUACGACGUUACGGAAUUUCUAAUUGGCUGGCGAGCGGACGUUAACAAGGCCGACAAGUAUGGCUAUACACCGCUCCACGUGGCCGCUCUGAAUGAGUUGUCCCAGUGUGUUGACGUACUGAUUCAAUACGGAGCUGAUCUGAGCGCCAGGACGAAGGGGGGUACAACGGCAUUGUCCAUUAUUCUCCGUAAAACACCGACUUCUUUGUGCAUCUUCAAGCAGAGACUCGAUGCAUCGAUCACACUUCAUCAGCAGAGCACAGCCGCUGGGGAGGUGGAGCUGAGAAUUGACUUUCAUCCGCUGCUGCAGCACAAGGGCCAGGGGGAGAUUGGGUACCUGGGGACUUUCGUUAAGGAGGGGUACAAGGAGAUCCUGGAGCACCCCCUCUGCCAGUCUUUUCUUCAUCUCAAGUGGCAGAAGAUCAGGAAGUACUAUGUGGGGAGGCUCUUCUUCUAUCUGCUGUACGUGGUGGUUCUGACGUCCUGGGUGAUGACGGCACUCGCUCAUAACUGCUACAACGAGUCCCACGGGCAGGUGGACGAGACAGGGAGUCUUCCACUGUGCGGCAACUCCACGGGUCUGAAGGGCUUCUUCCAUCGGCAUCCGGAGGUGCUGGAGGUCGAGUGGUAUGCCCUCGUUGUUCUUACUGUUUUGGAAGGCGUCAGGAAGGCCACGGGGAUCCUCACGUACCCCUCGGUCCAGCAGUUCUUCAUGCAGCCUGAGAAUAUUGUUGAGUGGUGUGUCAUACUCAGUGUAUUUGCAACAUCAUUUGUCUACACCGGGAGGACAUACACCUGGCAGAGCCAUGUGGGGGCUUUCGCCGUUUUGUGCGGCUGGAGCAACCUCAUGCUCAUGAUCGGACAGCUGCCCAUGUUCGGGGCUUAUGUCGCCAUGUUCACCAGUGUGCAGGCGCAAGUAUUCAAACUGCUGCUUGCUUACGCCUGUCUUCUCGUUGGCUUCACAGCGAGCUUUUGCGUGAUAUUUCCGAGGUCUAAGUCCUUCAGUUCACCGCACACCGGUCUCAUCAAGGUCCUCGUGAUGAUGACGGGGGAAUUGGACUUUGAGGAGUUGUUUUUCCCCGGGGAAGAGGAUGUUGGCAGGCAUGUGGACGUGGGCAGCACCUCCUGGAUUCUCCUGCAGGUCUCGGCGCAGCUGUCCUUUGUCCUUUUCCUUCUCUUUGUCACUAUUGUUCUGAUGAAUCUUCUGGUGGGCAUUGCGGUGCACGAUAUCAAGGGCCUGCAGAAGACUGCUGGUCUGGCGAAGCUCGUCAGGCAGACGAAACUCAUAUGCGAUGUGGAGAGCGCAUUGUUGCUGGCUCUUCUGCCUCAUAAGGUGGUGAAACUGCUCAGUUGGACGACUCUUGUUCUGCCGUCACCUUUGAGGGCUGUUCUCACUGUCAGACCUCUCAAUCCCAGGGAGAACAGGCUACCCAGGGAUGUACUUGCUGCUGCACAUCGGGUCGCCAAGCACAAAAAGUUUGUUGGGAAUACUUUGUCGUCGAAGAGGAGCUCCAGUGCCUAUUUGUACAGGAGGAAGAGCGAGCAAACGGCGUUUCGUUAUGGCGAAAAUGUUAAUGCUGAGGUGGAGUAUGACUUCGAUGGCAGAAUUGCCACUAGACUCCAGGAGAGAAUUGUGGAGUUAACUAGCAUUUGUGAGGCUAAUAGACAAUUAAUUCAGGAACUUGUUACGGUGCUGGCCACUGAUAAGAUAGGUAGUUCAACGACUAAGGAGAAGGAGGAGGCCGGGGAGGAGGAGAAUAACGAGAAGGGCGAAUUCGCGAAUAUGGACCCGACGGGUAUGAAUUCACCCCCAAGACCGCGGCACUACUCCAUGGCAACCCUCGCAGACGCUACGAGAAGCCCCAGGGAUCCGCUGUCAGUGCGAAUGGCCUCGACGUACAGAUCCGCGAGAUUAUCGCGAUCGCGCGAUAUUCCGGAGAAAGUUAUCGUGACGGAUCCGUCGGAGGAGUCCAUCAAACACGUGGAGAUUGACGCGGGUGAGCCUCCGCCGGUCGACGAGUCCCUCUUCUUCGAUAAUCUGGAGGCCCUGCGGAACGUUGAAGUGAGCGGGCCGAGCUUGAAGAGUGCUAUGUGGUCGGUAGUCAGUGUUGCGGAGUUGAAGAAGCUGCUGGAGUUGGAGCAAGGUGAGAUUGACGCGGGGGAAAUUGAUGCCGCGGUCCUCGCGGAUUGCGAAGAUCGCUUCAAGAACAUCGCGUACAUAUGGGCGUGCUUCAGGGAUCUAGAUCACCUGCUCACUAAGCUCGAAGCGGGAGGGGCGCAGAUCGAUUACGUUGAGCCUUGCAUCGGCAUAAACGCCAUCCUGGCGGCGUCCCUAUCCGGAAGUGUCGCGUGUCUAAGACACCUGAUAGCCCGCGGGGCUGACGUGAACUACGCGAGUGGCAGCAGUAACUACACGCCCUUGCACUUCGCGGCAUUCGGAAACUCUCGGGAGGCGGCGGAAGUCCUCCUGGACAGCGGCGCAAAGCUGUACAUAAACGCCAACCUCCAGGACACGGAACCAGUGCUUCACUGCGCCAUCCGCGCACGAUCGCUGGAGGUGGUGAUUCUUCUUCUUGAGAGAGGCGCCAGCGUCGUCCUGAAGAACCACCACGGCGAGACGCCUCUUCACGUGGCCUGCUUCGUUCAGGAUCUUCCCUGCGUCGAGGCGAUUCUCAACACCCCGGGGACAGACGUCAACGCUGUUGAUCGCGCUCACCGGACACCGCUGCACUUCGCGGUGAUGACGACAGGCUCUUCCGCGGAGUUGGUCGAGUCAUUAUUGAAGCAUGGAGCCAACGUCAAUGCCAGUGACAAGGUGGGCUUCACACCUCUCCACAUCGCGGCGCUCAACGAGCAAAGCCAGUGUGUUGACACUCUCAUCUGGGCGGGGGCUGACGUCAGCGCCACCACCGGCACCGGCCUCUCCGCCCUGAACGUCAUCCUCCGGAAGAUUCCCGAGUCCCUUCAGGUCUUCCGACAGCGGCUCGACGCUUCCAUCAGGCUCAAGCGACCUGUCCCCCACAAUCGGGAGUUCGAAAUGCGCUUGCACUUUGAUCUACUGUUCCCCAGUAAUAACCCUUGCGAGACGAGUUUCAUCAACACUUUUGUUCAAGAACGCCGGAAGGACCUGCUGUCCCACCCCCUCGUCAUGGCGUUCCUCCACCUCAAGUGGGAGAAGAUUCGCAAGUUCUACCUGAUGAGGAUCUUCCUCUACGCGAUGACCGUCAUCUGCAUGACAACCUACGUACUGACCGCCCUCGCCUACAAGUGCUACAACUACGCUGACACUGGCGCCUCGAAGGUCUGCGGGAGCAAGCGGCUGACGGGCUUCCUCUUCAGGAAGACUGUCAUCGAGAUAGAGUGGUACCUCUCGCUCUUCCUCACCUGCAUCACCAUACCCAGGAAGAUCUUUGGGUUUAUGGUGCACAAGUCCGCGAGACAGUACUUCUCGAGUAUUGAUAAUGUUCUCGAUGGAGUUGUCAUUCUCAGUGUCUUCAUGACGUCCUUCGUCUACACCGGGAAGACCUACGACUGGCAGAACUACGUCGGCGCCUUCGCCAUCCUCUGCGCCUGGACCAACCUGAUGCUCAUGGUGGGACAGCUGCCGGCUUUUGGGACGUACGUUGCCAUGUUCACUCACAUACAGUUUGAGUUUGCAAAGCUUCUUCUCGCUUAUUCGGGACUGCUCAUCGGGUUUACCAUCAGCUUCUGCGUGAUCUUCGUUGGUGAGCCCUCCUUCGGGAAUCCUUUUACGGGGCUUAUCAAGGUCCUUGCGAUGAUGGCGGGGGAGCUGGACUUCGAGGGACUCAUCAAUCAGUCUGAUCAGAUCACCGAUGGGCCGUUUGUUUUGUAUCAUCCUCUGUCGGUCUGCUCGCAGAUACUCUUCACGCUGUUUCUUGUCUUUGUUACGGUUAUACUGAUGAAUCUGCUAGUGGGCAUUGCUGUUCAUGAUAUCCAGGGACUGAGGAAUCACGCGGGGCUGACGAAACUCGUCAGGCAGACCAAGCUCAUACUCUUCACGGAGAUGGUGCUCAAUAACAACGCCAUUCCCUUCACCUUCAGGAAGUGGAUGUCCGAUCAUGACAUCGAUAUGGAGAACAGGAAGAGGGUGCUGGUGGUGAAGCCCCUCAAUCCUCUGGAGAAGAGACUGCCGAAGGAGAUUCUCAAGGCUGCUUACGAGGUCGCUCAGAGGAAUGCUCCUAUCGUCGACGACGACAGCAUCACUCUCAGUCAACAUGUCACCUGGAUGAAGCAGCAGAGUCAUGAUACCGCCGAGUGCGAAGUGCAGAGCACUAUCAAUCAAAUAUCCAGCGGGGUCAGGGCUAAUGAGGAGGGCCUCAAGGUCAUCAAGGCGCAGAUGCUCGAUAAUAAUAAAAUGCUGACGGAUAUUCUGUCGAAAAUUGCGAGUCAUAAGAGAUGAUGGGGUGGAGGUUUAAUCGUUUUAUUUAGUGGAGACUAUCUUUUGCAUUUAUCACGUAAUCGUUAUUUAUUAUUGUUAGAGAAAAUACUUCUCGAGGAUUGAGGAGGCGAGGGGUUUGUGAAGUUCUUUAUUGUUUUUGGUCAUAUUUCCGUUAAUAUUUUCGGAGAUGGAAAACAGCAUUGAUGUUGAGGCUACUGUGGAGGGAGGUGGAACGACUG